GGGUUCAUGAGUGGCCUCUCAAAUCAAAAGACCCACAAAUAGAUUUUGAUUCUCUAAGAACCCUCCUCCAUGUCUUGGCUGUAAACAAGUGAAAAAAACAAAUCGAUAGAAAAUAAUAAAGAGUUUCAGUCCCAUAUCUCUCAAUUUCUGCACUCUCCCACCUGACAAUCCGUAUCGCCCCCCCUCCCCUCCUACUUGUAACCUUCUCUCUCUCUCUUUAAUUUCUUACAAGACCAAAAGCAGCAAAAAGAAAGAAAGAAAGAAAAGACACUGCUCAUGGAGAGAGAAGAACGAAAAGAUUGUGUGUGUGUGUGUUAAAAGCUGGUGACCAAAAAGAAAGGAAAGUAGAAAAAGAAACAGAAAUAGAGUAUUAGUAUAUCGUUUCAUAGCAUACAUUUGCCUGACUCACAGGUUUUUGGUUCUCUUUGUUUAACAUGUUCAUGAUUAGAAUUAUUGGGUAACUAGCUAUGGCUCUCAAGCUGCUGCUUCUCUCUAUCUUCUUUCUCUUUUUAGCUAGACUGUCCCUUUCAUAUGAACCUAGAAACCAUGAAGUGGACGCUUUGAUAAGUAUAAGAGAAGCAUUACAUGAUCCAUACGGAGUGUUAAACAACUGGGACGAGGAUUCUGUUGAUCCUUGUAGCUGGGCUAUGAUCACUUGCUCUCCUGACAACCUUGUUAUUUGCCUGGGGGCUCCAAGCCAGUCCCUUUCUGGUACUCUGUCUGGAGCCAUAGGAAAUCUCACUAAUCUUCGCCAAGUGUUGUUGCAAAACAAUAACAUCUCUGGCCAAAUCCCUCCAGAGCUUGGCAUUCUCUCAAAACUUCAGACUUUGGAUCUCUCUAACAACAGGUUCUCUAGUGUGGUACCAGACUCACUUGGUCAAUUAAAUAGCCUCCAAUACCUGAGGCUAAACAACAAUAGCCUGUCUGGGCCUUUCCCUGUGUCUGUGGCCAAAAUCUCACAGCUUGUUUUCUUGGACCUGUCUUAUAACAAUCUCAGUGGACCUGUUCCCAAGUCCCCUGCUAGAACAUUCAAUGUUGCUGGUAACCCAUUGAUUUGUGGAAGCAGCUCUACUGAAGGAUGCUCUGGAUCAGCCAAUGUUGGUCCCCUUUCUUUCUCUCUUGAAACAUCGCCCGGUAAGCAUAAGUCCAAGAAAUUAGCACUUGCCCUUGGGCUUAGUCUCAGCCUUGUAUCUCUCUUCCUCCUAGCACUUGGAAUCCUUUGGCUCCGACGGAAACAAAAAGGCCAUAUGAUGCUCAACGUUAGUGACAAACAAGAAGAGGGGCUAAUUAGACUAGGAAAUCUCCGGAACUUCACCUUCAGAGAGCUUCAAAUUGCCACUGAUAACUUCUGCUCGAAGAACAUUCUUGGCACUGGAGGUUUUGGCAAUGUGUACAAAGGAAAGCUGGGAGAUAGGACCAUGGUGGCUGUCAAACGACUGAAGGAUUUGACUGGGACUUCCGGGGAAUCACAGUUUCGGACAGAAUUGGAGAUGAUCAGCCUUGCAGUUCACCGUAAUUUGCUGCGGUUGAUUGGAUACUGUGCCACUUCUAAUGAGAGGCUUUUGGUUUAUCCUUACAUGUCAAAUGGCAGCGUGGCCUCAAGGCUUAGAGGAAAACCUGCACUGGACUGGAACACAAGGAAGAGGAUAGCAAUUGGAGCUGCCAGGGGUCUUUUGUAUCUACACGAGCAAUGUGACCCUAAGAUAAUUCAUAGGGAUGUAAAGGCUGCUAAUGUGCUUCUUGAUGAAUUCUGUGAGGCCGUAGUUGGUGAUUUUGGUCUUGCCAAGCUUCUAGACCAUGCAGAUUCCCAUGUCACCACUGCUGUUCGUGGCACAGUUGGGCACAUUGCGCCAGAAUACCUCUCCACCGGCCAGUCAUCUGAGAAAACUGAUGUUUUUGGAUUUGGCAUUCUCUUAAUAGAGCUCAUAACUGGAAUGAGAGCUCUUGAAUUUGGAAAAACUGUCAAUCAAAAAGGAGCAAUGCUUGAAUGGGUGAAGAAAAUACAGCAAGAGAAGAAAGUGGAUGAGUUGGUGGACAAAGAACUGGGGAGCAACUAUGAUUGGAUUGAGGUGGAGGAGAUGUUACAAGUGGCUCUUCUAUGUACUCAAUACCUCCCAGCUCACCGUCCCAAAAUGUCCGAAGUGGUCCGGAUGCUUGAAGGUGAUGGUCUUGCCGAGAAAUGGGCUUUAUCACACAAUCAUAGUAAUCCCACAAUGAACCUCUCUCAUCCGAAAAACGCUAACAGAAGCACAUUUUACCCUACCACUGCUUCAAAGCAUGAUGAAAGUGGUCAUAAUCGAUCGAGCAGCAUGUUUGGAACUACAAUGGAUGAGGAUGAUGAUGAACGUUCUUUGGAUUCCUAUGCUAUGGAACUCUCUGGCCCAAGAUAAACAGGAAAGAAAUAAGAAAAACGAGAUUUGAACGAAUAGGGAAAUGGCUUCUUCUUCUUCUUCAAGUAAUUCUUUACAAGUAGAUGUUACCUUUAUUUAAGAAAUAUAUAGGUUUAGUUUCUGCUUUUUAACUGUCCUUGUUUGAGUUGCUCGCUGUAUGGAAAUGUAAUGUAAAUAUCCCUUUCCAUUUCUAGCCAAACUGAAAAAAUCUCGAUAUGAUUUGUAAUCUUUUAUA